AGAGUUCAACGUGGAGACUAUCAGCCACGUGAUUAUAAUGUGACCCGAUAUGCAGUGCGAUUAAGAACCAGUUACGACGCAAAAUCUUAUUUACUUAUAAAAUUCAACUUGAUAUGCCGUAUUUUUGUUUUAUUCAAUUGUCAAAGAUCUUUGAUAUAGAAAAAUCAAAAUGAUCAAAUUAAAAACUUUGCCACUGCUUGAUAGAACAAGCACAACCAUUGUGGAAGAAGAUAUCAAUGUACCUUAUGGUAAAGUUCUUAUAGCAGGAUGGUUGAAAAUCUGGACAGAAGUAGAACCUAACAGUAUUAUAGAAUUACUAACUUUUGUAAAUCCAAAAUCUUGGUAUUUAAAUGGACCAAAACCAUAUACAUUAAAUAAUGUUAAAAUAUCUGAUUAUUAUACAGUUGAUGUAAAUAAAUGUGAAGAAAAUAUUGUUAAUAUUUUAGACGAUAUACUUAACAAAGUAACACAAAAGUCUAUAAUAUUUCUUGAUAAUUUGGAUUCUUUGAUACUAUAUGCAGGUCUUGCAAAUUCAUUACGAUUUGUAGAAAAUUUAAAUAAAAAAAUUGAACGAUUAAUUUGUCUCUUUAGAAGAGAUUGUAUACCAAAUAAGAUAUUAUCUAUUGAAACUCUUGGAAAUACAUAUGUUAGAUUGCAUAAAUAUCAUGGUAUACAUUCAAAUAAUGAAUUUACUUAUAUUGCAAAUUAUACACAUCGCAAAUCAGGAGGCAAAAUAUUGCUUGGGUCAGAAUUAGUGAGACAAGACAUGACAACAUAUGAGAUACAAUCAGAAGAUCUUAAAACACAAUUUAAUUCUGAAAAAAAUUCAAUGCCUACAAAUGACGCUGCAAAAAUUGUAUCUUCAUUCCGAUUAGAAAUAAAUGAACAUGAAAUGAGACAAAAAGAAAACACUCCAUUACCUUAUAUACCUGCAACACAAAUGGUAAAUAAUGAAUGUAAGAUUUUAUAUGUACCAGAUGAAGUAGAUGAUUUGGAUGAGGAAGAUCCUGAUGAUGAUUUAUGCAUAUAAUUUGUAUAUUAUGAUUAGGUAUAUAAUAUAAAUCUAUUCAAACAUA